AUGGCGAACCGCACUGUUUCGGACGCUAAAACGGUGAAAGGAACCAAUCCCCAAUAUCUUGUCGAAAAAAUCAUCCGUUCGCGUAUUUAUGAGAGUAAAUAUUGGAAGGAACAAUGCUUUGCCCUUUCAGGUAAGCCGUUUGAGUGUUUCAAAUUUGUUUUCUUUGUUUUGCCCAACAAUGUUGUGCUUUGUGCACAGUUCUGUAAACGUAACCGUUUGCAAGAUUUUUUCAGGCUGAGCAUUUUGAUAACCUCAAAAAACGUUUAGCAGAUGCUGUUUUCAUUUAAGAUGAAGAAAAAAACGAGACGAAAGCUUUCUUGACAACUUAAAAAUACCUUAACUAGAGCAAAUCUUAGAAACGUUUGUCAGUGUUAUGUAUCGGUCAAAUCGAAGCUCCAACAUUCCCCCCCCCCCGGGCAUACCCCGGGCAUUAGACACCUUUGCCGUCCCGGGGAGGAGGGAAUUUGAUUAGCAGAGACUUCCAGGGGGUGGGAAAUUGGAUCCCCGUGUGUUAGGGGUGGGGAAUAUGAAUUGCACCCUCGAUUUCAUGUGAAAUCUUUGGCAUGUUGAGCUAUCAUGGGGGACGCGGUGUUAGAGGAUUUUCGUGGAAAAGGUUGUGCCUUUGUGGCCAAUUGGUUACGAGGCAAGGGCUUAAACAAGCUUUGUGCCGUAUUUGAAGGUAUUUAAGUUUUAAUAGUUUUAAUAUUGGAUUCAGGUUUUGAAUAUGAAUGUAUUAAGUUGUGUUUACAAUGAAAUACAUUACCUAUACCGGUGAUUCAAUACAACAAUUAAAAGCUCAACAGAGGUCAAUAGCGCUUUCUACUAAUGACGUCACAAAUUCCUGGUCCCUGCUGUGACUCAGACAUUAAACCUGACCAGUGUAAGAGUUUAGUAUGGGAAAGACUGUGAUUGCGAGAUGCGGUUCGCUAGUCCAAUCCACAAAAAUGACCCUUGCUCGCCAACGAGUCCUCAGUAGCUCAGAGGUUAGAGCAUCUGAUCUGGAACAUGAAGGGUUGUGGGUUCGAAUCCCAUCUGGGGUUCAGAUUUUUUCUGUGUCCUCUUAUGGUUGAUUCUUUACAUCUCCCUUUAUUUCCUUUAUAAAGUCACGUUCGCAACAAAUUUUUCUCGCCUUUGAGGAUGUUUAUCGUCAAAGGAAACAAAAUCUAGCCUGAAUUUCAUCCAAUUACUUGAGUCGUUAUUACUCCCUCAGUAACGUCUGAAUCGACCAGCCAUUAAUGCCAUCCAGUGACGUCACUACUCCUUGACCUUUGCUUUAAUUCAUGCAAAAAGUAAAACACGAUUUUCAAGUGGCAAACCGAGAAAUAUCGUUUGGAAAUGUCUGCAUGAUACAGAAUCGCUUUAUUUUUUUCGAUCGUAAUUCAUGUCUAACAUUCAAACUAUCGACUGCAUGCAGUACAACUCUGAACCGGUUGUACUGAAAUCUAUAAUCAAACUCGAUUGCGAUCAUGCAAUGAAAUAAACACACACAUGAAACACUUAGUUCAAAAACACAAGAUUUGCUUUAAUUGAAAAGAAGCUAUUUGGUCCUUAACGAAUAAAAAAAAAACAAGGAAACCAGAAAGAAAAGCUAACAGAAUCAUUACACUUGAUGGUGAAAAUAACAAGAAGGUCGAACUAUAACUGUACAUUGAUCUCAGAAAACUUCGUGUAAACAAAAUCACUGGCCGCCAAAACCACAAAGCGGCUCUAAAUGAAAAACCUACUGACUGUCCGCAAUGAUUCUUCAUUCACAGAAAUUACAUACAGUGUGCACAUUGUGUAGGUCACAUUUGAUUUCAAGUAAAUUUUGAUUUAACCUGGGUUGAUUAUCUAUGACUGCCUUUGUCUCCUAGUCCCAAAGAACAAAAGAAAUCGAAAAUCAACCAACAGUGUAGGUUAAAAAAACUUUAGCAUGAAAUCCAAAUUAAUUUGACCUGUAACAUCUGUAGAAAUGUAUAUUAAAAUUAUUACUCAGCAUUACAUGUACAUGUAUGUCAAGAUUAAACAUUCUGAAAAGCAUUUGCAUCCUGAAGUUUAGCCUGAGAAAACAGCUGACAUUUUUGCAAUGCCACCACUGGUCUCCCAAGAUGUCUGAGAAACGAGAACAGAAACUCGAUGCUGAUGACGUGUCAUGACCAAGAUCUGGGUAGUGUUUCAGAGUGGUUAAAAUUUUGCUUCAACCAAUAAGAAGCACUACCCAGAUCUGUGUAGUGACACGUCAACAAUAUGGAAUAUCUGUAUAGAAUAUCUUGGUACUUUGCAAGGAAACCAGUGGUUUUUUUAGGAAAUGUUGGCUGUUUUCUCAGGCUACGUGAAGUUUGAACAUGCGGUUAUUCUGUCAUAUUUAAUUCUGGACACGGUGCCAAUAUUAUGUUGUUGUCUUUUUGGGCCAAAAGCGAACACCUAAUCGAAUUAUUAGAAUGUGCAGGCAGUGUUUUCUACCAAAGCGGUUUGUGAAGCUGCUUGUAAGCAAGUUGGUCAAAAAUUACAAAAACUGAUUGUUUACAGAAAGAGUGUUGCAUACAUGUACAUUGUUUACCUAAGUUUUCCUUUUUCAUGCAUAGUGCUCUGUGGAAAUAUUACUACGUGCAAUGCUCUUCUUAACGGUGAUUUAAUUUAUCUCUGGACAUCCUGCAUGUGCAAUGUACAUGUACCAGUACAUAGUGUUAGGGUGCUGAGUUUUCUUUUCUUUUUUUUAACACUUAGCUGAGUUAUUGGUAGACAAGGCCAUGGAGAUAGAUCAUGUUGGAGGCACAUUUGGAGGAAACAUUAAGCCAACACCUUUCCUUUGCCUGGUGUUGAAAAUGUUACAAAUUCAGCCUGAAAAGGAAAUUGUUGUAGAGUUUAUCAAGAAUGAGGACUACAAGUAAGCCAGACAACAAUAUUAUUACUUGACUGUAUAUUCAUUGAGGUGUAGUGAAACACAUGUGGAUGGUGCAGUCUCUCCUUUCAUUCACGUUUUAAAUACUGCCAUUAAAUUUUGAAACAUUGAUCAUUAAAAAGUUAACAUAAAUUAAAACUUCAAAAAAUUAAUGCUGUAUGAGGUGUCAAACUGAGCUAAAUUCUUCUCAUUGCUAGGAAACAGUAUUCUAAAAGUCAUUUCUUAUUUCUAAUGAUUGAAUUAAGCAAUAGAAAACGUUUUCUGUGUUUGCAUAGCCUGAUAUAAACACGAGAGGCAGGGUUUGAGCUAGAAUUUGAUCACUGGGGGACAAUUUGUCCCCUUGGCUAAAAUUUUGGGGGACGUUUUUAUUUUUAGGGGGACAGAAAUUUGUACACCCUUCUGCUGAUGCAAAGAGGUUUGUCUUCUUAGAUUUCUGACAAAAAUAGCUGAACAUCGCCUGAGACCUUUUCAUAACACAACCACGUGUGAUCUCGUGAUUUUUUUGGGUUUCGGCCUGGCUCAAACUCUGGAGAGGGGUUGGGAGAAUUUGAAAAAGUUAUGUAAACCCGAGACGAAGUCAAGGGUUUGCAUAACUGUCGAGAAUUCUCCCAACGCCUCGUGUGUUUAUACCAGCCUAUGCAAACUCAGGAAAAAAGUUUUCUAUUUCUUUUAUAAAAUAACUUUCCCGAGAAAACGCAAAACUCUUUGUAUGGCUCUGAUUAAGAGAGAAAUUCUUACCAGUUGCAAAGUCUUGUCCUUGAAGUCUUGCCUGCGUAAUCAGUUGUUGUUUUGCAAAAAGAUGCUCUCCAAAAUAUGGAUUUUUCUCACUUAAAAUGUCAGCUUAAGCGAAGAAAAAUUGACACACCUUCUUUGUAACGAUUUUCCAAGUUUCAGCCGACGAAGGAAUGGGUAACUAAAGUAAAAUUGUGGAGUUUUGAACUCAAAAACAUUUUCAAAUUCGUGCUUGCCUGAUUAGCGUGCGAAAAGCAAAAUAUCUUGAUGCCACAACCAUGUUUACAUACUCCUCUCGGCCAAUCAGAGUGCACGUACUUUCUUAGUUAUUUUAUGAAAUGUGAUAUAAUGUGAUAUAAAGUGUACUUAGUGGUGCCUUGAAUAUUCUUUGCUUAAGUUUGAUACUGUGUAACUCUUUAGAUAUGUGCGAGCUUUGGGAGCCAUGUACAUGAGACUGGUAGGGACAUCACUUGACUGUUAUAACUAUCUGGAGCCACUCUACAAUGACUACAGGAAAAUCAGAAGAAAGGACAAAAUGGGAAGUAAGUAACAGAAUGAUACUGUAUGUAUUGUAUAAACAUGUCAUAAACAGUUUUACCAUAUUUAUUCAAUUAACCGCCCUGGGCGGUAUUAAAUUUUUGGACCUUGAGAGUGGGCACUUAUGCAAGGUGGGCGCUUAUUCGAGGCUGGGUGCUUAUUAAAUUUUCACUAUUCUCAACAAGUGUAGUAGUUUAUUUUGCAACAAAACAGUAAAUGCUAAUAACAAAAAGCGAAAGUGUAACAAAAGCAAGGUUUCUGUAAAAUACUCUGAAGAAAACUCCAUCUUCGGGAGGGUCUCUUAUUAUCUCUUAUUUGAGUUUUUGUGGGAGGGAGUGGGGUGGGGUGUUCGCUUAUUUGAGGCUGGGCACUUAUUAACUUUUUCUGCCUUUAGGAUGGGUGCUUAUUCAAGGUGGGCGCUAAUUCGAGGUUGGGCGCUUAUUCGAAUAAAUAUGGUAUCAACAUUUCUAUUACAGUGGAGGUUACUACAUGUAUUACAACCUGAUUAUGUAAAUUAGUAGCAAAAUAAUAAAUUUACUGAAUAGUGUCACAGAAACAAAACUUGGUUAAUCUUUUGGAGUUACAUGUUACUACUACAGCGUAUGAGUUAUAUUGUACAGAUCAAAUUUGAUUUCAGGUUAAUUUUUUUUUCACCUACACCUGUACAGGGUUGUCACCAAGAUUUCAAGUUGCCGGGUAAAUACAACAAGUAGGCGGGGAAUCAAAUGGCCAGGGAUUUCUUUUGGUUCUAUUUUUCUUCUAUUUUCCGAUAAAAUUAGGCGGGGGCUACUCUCUUAGUAGCCAGGGAAAAUCCCCGGCCCCCGGCUCUUAAUGACAACCCUGCCUGUAGCAGGGUGCAAAGAAAGUCAGUUUUACAGCUUGCCAUCCAAGUAAGCUGUAGCUAGCAUGUAAUAGCUGAAGUUGUUUCAACCAGCCUGCCAAAAAAAUUGGAGCAGUAUUGAUUACAAUUGAUUUGUUACAAUUCCAGUGGAAAUGUCACAAAAUAUUGGCUGUUUACUCAGGUUACAGAAUCCCUUUUGUUUUUCCUUUCACAUCUUAAUUCAGAAAUCCCAGUGAGCUUUAAAUAACAGCAGUCCUAAUUAGCUCAAGAAAGCAAAACGCUAAAGGAUUAUGUUGGUAGAAGUAAAAUGGCGUCAUCAUGCCAAUUGCCUGUUGUUAUUUAAACUUUUGCAUUUUCAAUUUAAAAGAAAUGGAGCUAUCGCACAUGGAUGAGUUUAUUGAUGAGCUGCUCAGGGAAGAGAGAGCCUGUGAUGUGAUUUUGCCACGCAUUCAGGUAACGGUGUUUAGUUGUUCAGAUACUGGACGCACCCAUCCAUAGUAGAAAUGCACAUGCCUUAAGAUAAAGUCAUCAUCUGCGUUCAAAACGAUUCAUUGGGUGCUGUUUUAGCCACAUGUUUACAUUGUACAUUAUGUAAUGAGUUUCACAAUCAUGCACUUUAUCAUAGGGCACAAAUCUGCAUUUAAGUAGACCAUUGUGAAAAAUGUUAAAUAUUCCAUUUUUAUGCAUUACGCACAUACAAGUUAAUUUUUCAAGUGGACAUGUAAGGAAUGGUCUUGCAGUAAACGAUUUGGACCAUAGUUCUAUAGGUGUAGAUUCAAGCAUUAAAGCCAUCAUGCUCUUUUGCUCAGACAAACAACACUUUGCUCCACUCGACCUCUCUCCACCCACAUUUAGGUUAAUACAGUGUAAAUAGUUACCGGAGAGGACAAGCAUUAAGUCCAGGGAGAGUGACAAUUCCAAUAGGUGCCUCUUGCUGCUUAAACCAGGGCAAUCCUUCCUAUUACACUGUACAUGUAUCUGUGCCUCACUGGUCCAAAGGGCACCUUUCCUUCACUUUGUUUGUAAAAACGUGUCACUGUGUAGUUAGUAUAGAAAGAGUGAGCAAUUACUAGCUGAUUCAGAACCAUUCAUGAAUUGUGUGGUGGUUGAGAAAAAAACAUAAAUUGACCCUCAAUCUCUCAAACAAUGUUUGGUCAGAUUUAUAAAACAAAGCGGAUUUAGGAAGACGAGGGAAUAAAGACAUUUUUUACCCUCUGGUAUGACUGCAAACGUUAGCUGUUAUUGACAUUUGUGAACCUACACUGUAGCUUUUCAUUAUAAUUGGAGGUUUCCAACAAUACAUUUGUAUUUUCUUUGUUUAUGAAAGGCCUCUAUAAAAGGUUGAAAAUCUAAAAAAAAAUGGUCAUUCAUUUGAUAAAUACCUAAAAUCUGAACGUGAAAUAAUCCUUUAUUACGUUUAGCAGCCUGAACAAAAUUGUACAGUUUCAUAAGCAACUUAUCAGCUAUGUAUUUGCUUUUUCAGAAGCGGCAGGCAUUGGAAAACAAUAACCAGCUGGAACCAAGGGUAAGUAACGGUAAAAUACACCUAAUUGCAAUGAAAAAAGUGGAAAUUUUCCAAGAAAUAAAAGUACAUGAAGGAAUAAAAUCAGGAACAUCGGCACAUCAGGCAGACCACACUCUGUUUGUGCGGCGGUUGUUGUUUUAUAAAUCUGAGCAUCGAACUUUUGUACUGAAAGUUUUUACGUGAAUUGGUAAUCCCGAAUAAUAAUAAUAAAACAAAAGAUUGACGCAUUCUGGUUGUACAUUAGUAAUCAAAAGACGCAACCUAAGCAUGCGGUUAAGUGUAGUUGUAUAUAGAGGUAGGUGUACAUAUAUUUUGAUAGGUAGAUAACUCUGUUUUGUCUUACGUGCACAUAGCGAAGCCUUCUUGACGAUGAUUUAGAAGACAUGGAAUCCGAGUCAGAGGAAGAGGAGGAGAGACAGGUACAAUGGAUGUUCUUUCCAGACACAGUAUCCAGUGGCGAAUCAGACUCCGGCCCAAAGGACCGCAAAACUUUUUUGGACACCGCACCACCCUCCCCCCCCCCCCAACACCCGAAGGUCUAGAUGCGCCACUGGUAUCAUUACCCCAUGUUAGGUUUCAGUGCUAAAUUACCCGCAGGAAUGUUGUGCUUAUAGCAUAGAAUUUCUUGCAAUAAAGUAUUUAAGAAAGAUACACUGAAGGCCCCCUUUAAACAUCCCUUUCAACUCUUACAAGGGUGUGCCUUUAUUUACAACAUAAUUUUCGUCUUUAGUUUUUCGCGCCUUGGCGUUGCAGGGAGGCGAGGUCUGAGAGAGCUGUGCGACCAGGGAAGGCGCAGAAAAAACUAUCGUUUUAAAGUAUAAGAAAGGUUUACAUCGACUUGUGAAGUUACACGCAAAAAAGGGCUUAUUUAUCAACUCCAAGCAGCUUCAAACAGCUGAGGGUUUCACUUUUGCUAAGGGGUCAAAUUAAUGUACUCUCUCGCUUGAUUUUUACUCAGUACUCAUUAGUUAACCAGCCUUCUCCUUUUGCACUGUUCACAUCGUUUUUAGUCACUCACAGUGAUCUUUCCAUGUUUUAUAAAGUCCCCACGUCGGAGAAGCAGAAGUCGCAGUCCUUCACCAAAGCGUGGAUACCGUGAUCACGACAAAAGUCGAAGACGCAGCCGAUCUCCAGCACACCACAGGUACAGUGUACAUUUAUGACGAGGAGACUGUGAUAAGUCUAGAGUAACAGUAGUGUGGGCACGCUUUACGGUCAUUUCGCCCCCAAGUCAAUUCGCCCCGGUUACUUAUCCCCCUAUUUUAGAACAAGGAAUGUUUUAUUUGAAGCUUGCUUGUCAUAGUUUAUGGCUUUAAGAACGCGGAAUAUUACACUUGAAGGGCGCUUGGUUUGCUUUACGGCAUAUAGAAAGAGGAACAUUACAUUUGAAGCGCGCUAAAUGACUCGAAAAUAGGGAACUAAGUAACCGGGGCGAAAUGACGUAGCGGGGAAACGAGAGCGUGGGCCGAGAGUGACGCCAUUAACCCUUUAAGCCCUAAGAGUGAUCAGCAUCAAAUUUCUCCUUGUAAUAUCUAGUAAUAUGUGCUUUGUAAAACAGUGGUCAUGAAAAUUGCGGACAUGAUCAAACAAGAUGAAUUUGUUUGAUAUUUCAUCAACUUCUCCCCACUCCUUGUGUAGGAAGUGAAUAGGGGCAACAAAUGAGAAUUCAAAUUUUGAUCUUAGGGUUUAAAGGGUUAACCUUGAACUAAAGGAAGAUUCCUUGGUGUAGCAGUUUCAGACUGUACAGUACGUCGUCAGACAAAAGAUACGCAAAACAGCGAGCUUUUAUGCUUGGUCAUUCUUAUCCAGAUUGCAGGAUGUAAGCUAAGAAAGAGUUGAUACUAAUGACACAAAUGAUUCUUAGGCUUUCCCAUUAUACAUGUAGUCACCAACGAAUCGAGUGUUCGAAGAUUUACCUUAAAAGUUAUUUAUUCAUUCAUUGCUUGUUUGUUUAUUAUUUACUUGUUAUUUUCCCGAUAGACGCAGUCGGUCCAGAUCACCCCGUCGUCGUCGACGAAGGUACGUUACAGAGUUAAAGGGGCAUGGAACCCAUUUGCUGAUUAGGGCAGCCUGCAGUGCAGGCCUUUUCUUCGGGUGCGAAUGUUUUUGCUCGCGAAAGCGCCAUGUUGAAACUUCAAAAGAGAGGAGGAAAUAACCAAAGAUGGCGGCUACAACAAUUACGAACAUAUACAAGCAGCUUUCGCCCCCAAAAGACGCCUGCGCUUCAGGCUAAAAUUAGAGCUUUUGUUAUACCUCUGCGGGGUUGACCAAUUUAAACAGGAAAGCAAAAACGGCACGAAUUCUCCCUGUAGUUGUAGUCUGCAGAUGCCGUCAAUGUGAAGAUGACCUAUUUGUUAUAUGGAAUUAGUAGGCAAAUUUGCAUAAAGGGGGGAGGGGGAGGGGGGCAGGGGCAGAAGUAAUGGAAGAUGACCUCUACCGCCAUACUUAUUGAUUAGUUGAGAAGCAAAUUCAGGAAAAUGAGAGAUCGCUCGGUUAAGAAGUAAUGGUAGUGACCUUUGUUAUCCGACAAUUGUCUUAUAAAUUGAUUAUUUGCGUCUUUUAUCAUUUUAGUGCUUCUCCCAAAAGGCGCGGACACAGAAGCCGAAGUCGUUCUCCGCAUCGUCGUCAUUCCAGAUCACGCUCUCGGUCGCGUUCGCCUCAUCGUCGGCGUCACCGUUCAAAGUCGAAGUCACGAUCAAGGUCUCCGGACAAGUCGUCAAAGAAAUCGAAGAAGUCGGACAAAUCCGACAAGAAACGAGAGAAGGAAAGCGAGAACAGUGGAAUGAGUAAAGAAGAGUUGGAGAUUAAGGAGGCAAAUGAACUCAGGGCUAAGCUUGGCCUCAAGCCCUUAAAACCUUGAAAGACUUCGCGUAGACGUUAAUGCUUUCUGUAUUCAUCCGUUGAGUUACUAAGCAGUUCUUACUGAAAUGUCUUAACCAAUCUUGCUGAACUUUUCACCGUCAAUCCUCGCUGGUUUCUGUCGAGAAUUGAAGAGUUCUAUACACGGAAGUGCGACGUGCUAUGACAAAGAAAAUCCAUGACUGAUUCAUACUACUUAGGGCUAUUGAGAUUAGGAUUAGUCAUAACCAGUUGUGAGACCGUUUGUUGCAUAUCAAACAAAAGAGAAUCCUUGAAUUCUUGACAGAUGUUUCCUUAAUCAGUCAUUAAGCAAUAUCAGAAACGAUCGACUGUUCUUGUAUUUUAUUGCUUUUGUCAGCGUAGCACAGAAAGGUGUUUUACUAACGUUUUUUAUGACCCAAUACAGAAACUUACGUAUGAAAGUCUACAAAGAUGCGCAGCUUACCCCUGAUUCUAUAUAAAGUUCCACGUACUGUGCUGAGAGAUGUUUGAUUAAGUUUACUUGCCUUACGUUUGUAUCCAUUGCCGUUUAUUUGCUCGUCAAAACCAUAACCUGCGAGCAACCGCACCAUUUCGAGUGGCGAGCAAAGCUGGCCGUGAGAGAACGCGUGAAUCAGGGGCAGGAAAGAAGAUACACCCCGCCCCCCUCCUAUCACUGGCGGCUCCUUUCGCUUUCCACUUUCGUGUGAAUGAAUCAAAACUAAUAUUAAUAAAACCACAAUUUUAGCGA